AUGAUUGUAAUAAUUCAGUGGAGGUAAUGUUUGGGUCCGGUGUCGCAAAGGAUUAUGUAUAUCAACUCUACAACUUUUGUCUGUGUUGUGAUAAUAAAUAUUUAUAACGUGUGUACCUGCCACUUGGAGUGGAAAACAUGAAAACUUUAAUUGAAUAAACAGCGUCAAGAAGUGUUUCUUAUGGUGAUCGAACUUCCGAAAACAUCUAAUGCCAGGAUGGGCAACGCGGGUUCCUCUCGACAGAAUACGUACCAUCAGAGGUUAAAACAGUAUCCUGUUGACAGCAUGAAAAUGCCCAUGCCUGAGCAAAACGAGUUAGAAAAGAGAUUUACUAAAGUUUUGGCUUCUAUGGAUCUCCCACCUGACAAAGUGAAACUUCUAAAGCAAUAUGAUGAUGAAAAAAAAUGGGACAUGAUAUGUGACCAGGAAAAAGUUAUGGCCAAAGCUUCACCAGCAUUUUACCUUCGCAAAUUAAAAACAUAUCUAGAUCCAAAAGCCUCAAGAAGUUCUCGGAAACGGAAAAUUCUUGGGGAUGCAACAUCAACUCAGGUUUUAAGGGAUUUGGAAAUUUCUUUAAGGACAAACAAUAUUGAGUGGGUUAGAGAAUUCCUGAAUGAAGAAAACAUGGGCCUUGAUGUUUUAGUUGAUUACCUCUCCUUUCGUCUUUUAAUAGUCAGGCAUGAGCAAAUUGUUACACAAGCAAAUCACGAGGAAGAAAUUAUACCGAAUGGAAAUACUUUAAAUACAAAAAACAGACCUUUACUUCACGUUGAGAGCCUAAAAGUGCGAAGGGCGACGAAACACAUAGCAAAGCUGAAUAUGGGUGAAGCCAAAGAUGACAUUCAUGUAUGCAUUAUGUGCUUACGAGCCAUAAUGAAUAACAAGUAUGGCUUUAAUAUGGUAAUAGAGCACACACAAGCAAUCAACUGUAUAGCACUAAGCCUAAAUCACAAAAGCUUGAGGACAAAAGCUUUGGUUUUGGAACUCUUAGCUGCAAUUUGCUUAGUGAAAGGAGGACAUCAAAUCAUCCUGGCUGCGUUUGAUAAUUUUAAAGAAGUUUGCGGAGAGAGACUCAGAUUUGAGACCCUUAUGGAAUAUUUCAUAAACUAUGAAGUUUUUAAUAUUGAUUUUAUGGUUGCAUGUAUGCAGUUUGUUAACAUUGUUGUUCAUUCUGUUGAAGACAUGAACUUCAGGGUUCAUCUGCAAUACGAAUUUACUCAAAUUGGCUUAGACGAUUAUUUAGAAAAACUAAGACAGACUGAGAGUGAAGAGCUUCAAGUUCAGAUCUCUGCAUAUUUGGACAAUGUUUUCGAUGUCGGUGCUCUCAUGGAGGAUUCGGAGACUAAGAGUGCCGCUCUGGAACAAGUUGCUGAGUUGGAAGAACAGUUGUCGAGGGCAAAUGAGCAAAUUCAGGAAAUGGAAAAUGAGCUUAUGGCAAGAUUAGUUGAAUUAGAAACACAUUUAGAAACGGUCACUAGAGAAAGGAAUGACCUUUUGGAACUGCACAAACAGACAGACGAAGAACUAAAUACAUUAAGAAGAGCGGUGUCACAAAAAGAGGAAGAGUCUAGGCAGAGGCAAAGUCUUUUGGAAUCAAAAAUACAAGAACUGGAAGUGUUGCAAAACACCCUUCCUAGAGGGUCUACAAUAUCUGGUAAUACUAUGGAUGGUCAUGCACCAGCAAUUCAGCAAGCUGCUCCUCCUCCACCACCUCCCCCACCAAUGCCAGCUGCUGCGCCACCUCCUCCUCCCCCGCCGCCUCUACUUCUUAGCAGGCCACCACCUGGUCCUCCACCAAUGCCUGGUAUGAUGCAAGCGCCACAAGAUGCUAUGACAAUCAAAAAGAAGUUUCAAACAAAGUAUAAACUACCAACCCUUAACUGGAUAGCCCUGAAGCCUAACCAAGUUAAAGGAACAAUAUUUAGCGAGCUUGAUGAUGAUAAACUGUAUAAUGUGAUUGACUUUGGAGAAUUUGAGGAGCAUUUCAAAUUGGGAAUUCAAGGUGGAUUUUCUGAUCGAACAGAUGAUAUAAAUGGAAGCAAACGGUUUAAGGUUCCUGAAAAAGUUACUUUACUAGAACACAACAGACUAAGAAAUAUGGCUAUUUCUCGAAGAAAAGUAGAACUUCAUUGUGAUGUUGUUGUGAAAGCGAUAAAUGCAUUGGAUUUGAAUACUCUUUCUCAGGAGUAUGUAGAAAUACUUCUCAGAAUGGUGCCUACGGAAGCUGAAAUGAAGGCAUACAAAGAAUAUGAAAGAAAUAGGAAACCUAUUGAUGCAUUGACGGAUGAAGACAAAUUUUUAUUCCAGUUAUCAAAAGUUGAAAGAUUGUCACAAAAACUUCAUAUCAUGAGUUACAUGGCUAGUUUUGUUGAAAACAUUCAAUUGAUAACCCCUCAAGUUCAUGCUGUUAUUACUGCUUCUCGCUCAAUAAAGAAUUCAAGGAAGAUCAAGAAAAUACUAGAAGUGAUUUUGGCCUUCGGCAAUUAUAUGAACAGUUCCAAACGGGGUCCUGCAUAUGGCUUCAAACUACAAAGCUUGGAUAUGCUGGCUGAUACCAAGACUGCUGAUAGGAAAAUUUCUUUGUUGCAUUACAUUGCAGAAACUGUUAAAGAAAAGUUUCCACAAAUUUCAAACUUUGAGAGUGAACUUUUAUUUGUAGAGAAAGCUGCAUCAGUUUCAAUGGAAAAUGUUCUAACUGAUGUCCAUGAGUUGGAAAAGGGGAUGGAUCUGUGCAAAAAAGAAAUGCAGUUAAGAAGGGAUGCUCGAGAUGCUGCUGUACUAAAAGAAUUCUUGAGUGUUACUGAAGAUAAAUUACGGAAACUGAAAUUUGACACAAAAACAGCACAGGACUCAUACUCUGACUGUGUUGAAUAUUUUGGUGAUAGUUCUCGCUCCAUUGCUGCCAAUGCAUUUUUUUCACUUUUUGUACGAUUUUCCAAAGCUUACAAGCAAGCUGAACUGGAAAAUGAAGCAAGAAAACGUCAGUUGGAAGCUGCAGCACGAGAAAGUGAAAAGAAUGCUGCAGAAAGUGUAUCUAAGAAAAAUAAUGUAAAUUCUAGAAAAAAUAAUCAGGAAGCUGUGAUUAAUGAACUGAAGAGUAAAACAAGACAAGUGAAAGAAACGCGUCUUUUAAAGCAAGAUGAAGUAUACAAUGGUGCUCUGGAGGAUAUAUUACUUGGUUUAAAAAGUGAACCAUAUCGUCGGGCUGAUGCUGUUAGAAGAAGCCAGAGAAGAAGGCAAGAAAAUAUUAGACUAUCCCAUGCUAUGGAUGAAUUAGACCUCUGAAAAGAAUUCACAAUUUUUGUAAUUAUUAAAACCAAGUUAUGUGCCAUGUUUGUUUUUGCUAUAUUUAUGAUUAAUAGCUGAUAUUGUUACGCUUCUCCUUCCCAAUGCUUGCGCAACCUCCCAGUCCCCCACCCCCUUUUUUCUGAAAGGUGCCUUGAAAGGGAGAUUUUUUUUCUUUCCACUAAAGUUAACUAUUAAUCUUUUACUUAAACAAAAAAAUAUUUCACCUCUGCUAAAAUAUUUUUUUUCUUUGUUAUAUAACAAAAGGAAAUGCUUGAAAUUUUUGAAAUAAAUCUUUGUAAAUAAUUCAAGACAGUUGAUAACUCUAAUCUCCCUUUAGACUUAUAUUUUUAAUGACUUGGCUUUUUUUUUUUCUGACUUUAUUUAUUAUUUUUUUUUUUAAAGUCACUAAUCCAUGACAUUUCUGACAUCUCAAUUUAUAAAAAGCAUCAAAAGAGACUCCAGAUAAAAAUUUAUGAAAUCUAUUUUUUGCAACAAAUAUUUAUGUGAUAUAUAUUUUUUAUGCAAACCUUAUUUUCCAUUUCCCCCCUCUUUUUGCACAGAAAUUGUAAGAUUUAUAAGAUGUUUGUUUUGUCUGCUCAUAAGUUAGCAUGCUUCUUUAGCUUUAUAAAACUUUGGGUCUGUGUUUGAUUUUGAUACUACUGUGUGAGAAUGGUCUGUACACUAGAUUCCAUUUUAAACUGCUGCUCAAACUGAUUGGCUUGUUACAGGGUUUUCUGAACAUUUGUUGACAUGGAUUGCUAUGCCCUCUGCCCCUAAAAGCGAUCUGGUUUAUUGUUAUGUAUAAAGUGUAAGAUAUAAAAUAAAUAUUAUUUGAAAAGAGAGUGCAAUUGUAAAUAGCCAUAGAAAAUUUUAAAUGUUUGCCCAUUGUAAAAUGUUAUUGUUUGUUCUUUGUCCUGACAUAAAGUGCCUGAAAAAUGAAUAUAUAUUCUUUUUUAUUCAUAAAUAUGUUGUAGCAGAAUUAUGUACAUAUUGCUUUUUGUUUAAGCUACAAUAUGGGUGCAAAAUAGAAAUGUGUAUGUUAAUGUUGUUUAAAUUAAUUUUCAAUAAUGAAAAUAGUUAUCCAAAAUCACUUUAUGCCUGUACAAUCAAUCUACAUGUUUUAAAACCAUACCUCUUCUCUCGUUUUCUUUUUCCUUUUAUUUUAUUUUUUCUCAUUCCAAACUGCUGUUUAAAAAAUACAGACUUUUUUUUUCUUUGUCUAAGUAACCUACUCAAGGCAGGUAUAGAGAUUUUAUGUAAAUAAUUCCCAAUUUGUAACCAUUAUUUUCGUUUGCAAUCAGUAUGAAGGUUUUCAAUGUAUUUAAUGAAUUAUUAAUUCAUAAUUUUCUAAAACAAAAAUUUUAUAGCAUGUGCAUGCAACUAGUUUCUAAAGCUGCCUUUAUUUGACUGCUUUACUUUCUGUGAUUUUAGAUCCUGCACUUUAUGAAUUGUUUGUUGUAAAACUUUAAACUGUGUGUUAAAAGCACUAUAUAGAAAUGUUUAUCUCUAUAUGGAAUUGUUUUCUUGGCUACCAUAUAAUUAAACAACAAAUUGGUAUGUUUUGCUUAUAGGUAAUUCCAUUGUAAUAGAUACAUCAGUUGUUGCUAUGAACACCCGAGAAUGUGGGUGUUUGUGAUCCGAAAAUUAUGGGCUAACGGCACAUUCUAAAACUUAAACAUUGUUUUGAUUUAAAAAAAACUGUUAUUUAUUUGUUUAUUUAUUUUUCAAUUAUUUCAGUGUUUUCUGUUUGCAUAUUUGAGGAGUUUUCAUGGAGAGGGGGGGGGGGCGAGCUUCCUCAUAAUUCUCAAAAAUUUCAUCUUUGUUUUCUGAAAAUUUUACUUGUGUCCACUAUCACCCCUGCUGUGAAGACCCAAUAUAUUUUACAUUCCUUGUUUCAUUGAAUAAAUAUUAUGUAGAAUGUAGACUCAAUUUUUUUUAUAAUUCAUUUAAAUUUUGUGGAAUCCAAAAACAAAUUUUAACUGACAUUUUUUGGCUUAGUAAGGGAUGUAUCGUAUGAGAUACAUCCGUUACUGUUACUGAGCAAAAAAUAUUACUUAAAUAUUGUUUCUGGUAAUCUUCAAAAUUUAAUUGCAUUAUAUAGAAGUUGAGUCCAUGUUCAACAUGAAAUUCAGGAAAUGAAACACGGAACUUAAUGGUAUGGAUCUUUAUAGGCAACAAUUGAUUUAUCAGUCACCAUAGAAUUGCCCUUAUGCUACUUUGUUUCAUUAGUCGACUUUGAUUCCUAUUGUUAUUUUUUUUUAUUAAUUUAUUUAUGAUGAAUUUUUACUCUAGAUUUAGGACUUCUAUUUCUUUAUGAAAUGUUAACUCUCUAAUUAGUAAAGAGUUUUGGUUUUUCACAUAUUCUCAAUAAUAAUCUGAAAAUAGUUGCUAUUCUAAAUUUGCAUUUUGUGCAAUUUUUUUUUAAUUCAAAAAAUAUAAAUACUUGAGACUCCAAAGUUUGCUUUUAAACUGCAAUUGUAAAUUGUAAUUACAAGGAUCUCAGUUUUAAAGAAAGUGGAAAAUAUUUUAUUCUAUCACUUCUUGAUCUCAUUUUUGUCGAUCCAAAUAAAAAAAGUUUUUUAUUAUCUAAUUUAGAUAUAUAGCAUUUUAUACUUACAUUUUUACUUUGUAUGCUCAUUGAUUUUUUUUUCUAAAUAUUUUUAAUUGUGCUUUUUUUUUAAAUGUUGAACUUGGGACCACUAAUAGAAAUAGUGUAAUGAAUUUUGAUAUGCCUUUACAUAUACACCAAUUUUCUUUUUGUUUUUAGUAUCUAUGUAAGAAACACAAUGCAAUACAAACCAGGAAAAAGUCUGAUAAAAAUUGUUGAAACUUUUUAAUCAUAUUUUUAAAAACGUAUUGUUCUUUGAUAAAAGGAAUUCUUUUAAAAGCAUCACUCUAUGUAUAUUUGUUGAAAUAAAAGAUGUUUAAUGUUUUU